UUCACUGACUCUCUCUCUCUCUCUUUCAAAUCAUUUUUCUUUUUCUCUCUUAAUUUUCGUUCUUUCUCCUUCAGGCGUGGCCUUCCCCUUCUCAUCAUUCUCUUUUCUCUCUCACAUUAAACCCUAAACUCCAUUAAUGUUUCUUCUUCAACCUCUCAUCUCUGCUUUUUCUCCUCCAUAAUCAUAUAACUUCUAUUCUCUCUUCUUCUUCUUCUUUCUUCAACCAUGGAUCUUUGGGAUAAACAACUACCGGAACAUCCACAUGGUCCCCGUCACCGGAAACAGAAUCCUUCUUUUUCUUCUUCUCUUCUUGACGCUAUUUAUCGCUCCAUUGACGAUACCACCGGCGUCCAACGCCAAGAACAUCUCAUUUUCUACACUGCAGAGACUACGAGGAACAAACAGAGCAGCAGCAGCAGCAGUAGUAGUAUUGAUCAUCAUGAAAUUCAGGAGGAUAGGUUGAAUUUCCGUCGUGCUUGUAUGAUUGAGAAAUGGAUGGAGAAGAAAGUCUGUGAGAAGGUUGUUGUUCGUCGGACUUCUAUGGCGGAUUUCGAUCGGAAGGCUAGGAAUGUUCGUGAUCGUGAUUUCAAUCAUAAAUUGAUGAAUUCCAGUUCCAGUUCUUCGGAAUCGAGUUCUGGAGGGGGAUUUUCUUCGUCUGAAUCGGAAACCAGGUCGUCUUCUUAUACAAUGCAAAGGCCCAGGCCGAUUAGAACGGAGAAGCCUCAAUUUGAAGGUUAUGGAGAUGGAAUUAAAGUUUCGAUUCCUAAUCAGAAACCGAAGCAUGAAAAUAGCUUCGUGAAGACGAAAUCUAAAGCCCUAAAAAUCUACGGCGAUCUGAAGAAAGUGAAACAGCCAAUUUCUCCUGGCGGCCGUCUGGCGACCUUUCUGAACUCGCUAUUCAAUGGCGGAAGUCCAAAGAAACAGAAAUUCACAAAUUCCAGUAAACAAAACGACGCUUGUAUGAGAAAAUCAAAAUCCGCUCAAGGAUCAACAUGUUCAUCCGCAUCGUCGUUUUCUAGAUCUUGUCUGAGCAAAACACCGUCGUCCGGUGAGAAACUCAUAAACAGCGGGAGUACAAAACGAUCAGUGAGAUUUUGCCCUGUGAGCGUGAUACUAGACGAAGAAUCUCGACCUUGUGGACACAAAAGCCUUCAAGACGAGCUUGGUUUAAUGGCAGCAACAACAACUCUAAGAAACGCUCUGAGAAACGACCAUUGCAGAGGCAAGGAAGGUUCCGAAGAACAAGUACUGAUGAGCAUGAACAAUUGUUACGAAAAGAAGAUAAUCAAUGGCGAUGUGUAUAUAAACAGAGAAGAAGAUGAAGAUGAAGAUGAGGAAGAAGACGAAGAGGAAGAUGAAGACGAAGAUGAUGCAGUGAGUUGUUCGAGCUCUGAUUUGUUCGAAUUGGAUAACUUGUCGUCGAUCGGAAUAGAAAGGUAUCGGGAAGAACUGCCGGUGUAUGAAACUACGCAUUUCAAUACGAAUCAAGCAAUCGCCAAUGGAUUAAUUUUGUAAUAAUCAAUAAUUGAUAAUUAACCCAAAAAAAAAAAGAAGAAAAAGGAAAAAAUGGGGAUUUUGGUAAAAAGUUUUUUUUUCUUUUCUUUUAUUUUAUUAGCCUUUUGGAAUUAGUGUGUUGGGGGUUUACAUGAAGAAUAACUAAAGAUUUUCCCUUUCAUUUUUUUUC